ACUCGAUGCGUCUGUCUAUCAGUUGAGACUGUCUGAAACAGCUUCUGGAUCCACCGCGUUUCCAUUUUUUCUUUUUUUGGGAGACCUCGGAUCAGUCCCUGGAGUUUUUCCUCCCUCUUUUCGGCUUUUUAAGAGACAAAUAUUUGAGUCCAUGUCGUCCUGAUCUGUUGUUGGCGAAGCUUGGAUGCGCCUGCGUCUUGUUUGUUUCCCCUCUCUCUCAAGUGAUAUCCUCUCCACCGCAUCAACCACCCCUCCAAAAAAAAAAAAAAAAAAAAAAAAAAACCGACUCCGUCCAAGAUGCGAUGAGAUGAGCGGUGGAAAUUAUUUCCACGAGUCUUAAAACGUCCCUGGCAAACGAAGAGAAGGAAACACGAGGAUACAUUACUUAUCAGAGCUGUGCGCUGCGCUCACACGGGACUUAUUUGUUUGCUCACCGCUUGACUUUAUUUAUUUUUUAGUUUUGGUGUGCGUAAAAGGCGCAGCAAAGUCUCGUCCCCCUCCGAACAGCACUGGAGAUAAGAAAGAUUUUCACAAGGGGGAGUGAACUUUAAACUUGGGUGCUUUCUUUGCUGCUAUUUCUAUUUUUUGUUUUGUUUGUACCUUGCCAUGAGAGACAUGAAGGAAGAUGAUCUUUGAUGGACACGAAGGUGUCAGGAGCUGGCCGAAUCCCUUCCUAGUUUUCCAGCUUAUUGUCGAAGCCGAUUCAGCCAUUAAGUCCAAAAAAGAGCAGCAAGCUUGAAAAGAAGACAUUUUCAGCUCCGAGACUGAAACCUCCUUGCCCCCGAAAAACGGGAUGAUUUUUCAAAACUGAUAGACUUUGAUUUGUUCCUAAUUCCUGCAUGAGAAGCACCGUGGAAAGUGACGGUCACUAUGCCGAGGAGAAAGCAGCAAGAGCCGCGGCGAUCAGCAGCGUACAUGCCCGAAGACGAGCUUAAGGUAGCCGGACAAGAAGAGGAAGAGCACCUGCAGGAUGAUGGUCUCUCAUUAGACGGACAGGACAAUGAGUUCCUGUGCAACGAGGAGGAGGAGGAUGCAGAUGGAGGCCAGCCACCGAGUUACAGAGACUCUCCGCUCAGCAACGGCACCAACCCUGAUGCAGGAUAUGGGUCUCCGCUCAGCGAUGCCAGUGACAGACUCGCGGACUUCAAGAGCACCUCUUCCAGGGACGGACAGGAGAGGGAAGGCACUGCUUUACCCUUCCGCCCCAACAACGGCCUCUCUUUCCAGGACAGCCUGGCACAGAUGAAAGCCGUCUAUGCAAACCUCAUCUCAGAUGCCUCUUGGUCCAGUAUCACAAUGGACAUCAUGAAAGCUAAGCCUGCAGCAGCUGGCAGCGUCAACAGUGCCCACCCGACUCCUGAGCCAACCACUACUGCUUCUGUCUCCACAACUACAACCACAAACAAGAGCAGUGUGGUAAACAUGGCUAGCAGUCACCACAAUGGCAGAAGCUCUGGCACCGCUGUCAACCACACAGGCAACACAAGUGGCAAAACUAAUGGCACAGCAGCCUGCUCUGUUAGCAGCAACAGCGCCACCAGCAGCAGUGGGAGCAGCAGUGGUGUGGCUAGUAACGGUAGCGGCGUAGCUUAUGACUGGCACCAGGCAGCUCUGGCUAAAACUCUUCAGCAGACUCCCUACCAUCUUUUACCAGAGCCUAGCCUCUUCAGCACAGUGCAGCUCUACCGGCAGAACAACAAGCUGUACGGCUCUGUUUUCACUGGUGCAAGCAAGUUUCGCUGCAAAGACUGCAGCGCUGCUUAUGACACUCUUGUGGGUUUGACUGUCCACAUGAAUGAGACGGGACACUACCGAGAUGACAACAAGGACAACGAGGAGGAGCAGGGGAAGCGCUGGUCCAAACCUCGCAAGCGCUCCCUGAUGGAAAUGGAGGGAAAAGAGGACGCCCAGAAGGUCCUAAAGUGCAUGUACUGUGGCCACUCAUUUGAAUCUCUUCAAGAUCUCAGCGUCCAUAUGAUCAAGACCAAGCAUUACCAGAAAGUGCCUCUCAAAGAACCGGUGCCAGCCUUGGCCACAAAACUGGUGCCCACUUCAGCUAAAAAGCGAGCUAUCCAAGAUGCUAUAGUCUCUCCGUGCUCCCCAGACUCUAUCCAUGCUGGUAGUGGUGGUGGUGUUGGUGGUGUGUCUCUUGGGGAUGUUGGCAAAGACUCAAAAUCAGCAGCUAACCCCUAUGUUACACCAAACAACCGCUAUGGUUACCAGAACGGCGCCAGCUACACAUGGCAGUUCGAAGCCCGGAAAGCCCAGAUUCUCAAAUGCAUGGAGUGUGGAAGCUCUCAUGAUACACUGCAACAGCUUACUGCCCACAUGAUGGUCACAGGUCACUUUUUGAAGGUCACAAAUUCUGCAUCCAAAAAGGGCAAACAGCUUGUUUUCGACCCUGUUGUGGAGGAGAAGAUUCAGUCCAUCCCUCUUCCACCCACCACUACCAGGCUCCCUGUUCCCAGUAGUGUUAAGUCCCAGCCUGUGUCCCCUGCCCUCUCCUCUGCCUCAGAGGAGAAGCGGGACAAUACUGAGGAUGAAAAGGUUGAAGGAAGUGAGCCACUAGAGAAAAAAAUCAAGGAGGAGAAAGAUGACUCAGGUGAGAAGUCUGAGAGUGACACUACAUCGUAUAAAUACCUUAGAGAAGAAGAUUUAGAGGAGACACCAAAAGAGGGUUUGGACAUCCUUAAGUCCCUGGAGAACACAGUAUCCAGUGCAAUUAGCAAGGCCCAGACAGGCACACCAACAUGGGGUGGCUAUCCAAGCAUUCAUGCAGCCUACCAGCUGCAGGGUGCGAUGAAAAGCUCCAGCGUUCUACCCCCAAUGGUCCAGAGUGUCCAGAUGCAGCCAAUGUUUAACAGCGGGCUCCGAGGCCUAGUGGGUGACCCAAACUCCGUCAUCCACUCACCCCGGAGUCCUUCCUCCCCUACCCCCCUCAGGAGCAAUGUCACUGCCAUGGAGGAGCUUGUGGAGAAAGUGACAGGUAAACCUGCCACUGUGAAGAAGGAAAAGGAGGAGAAGAUGGUGAGUCUGGAGCGAUGUCGGCCCCCGUCUUUAGUCAAAUCCCCCUCCCCUGCACUGAGAGAACAGAGGGAGCAUUUAGCAUCUCCCAAUGAUCUUUCUGUAGGGAAACCAUCCGGUAUGAGAAGUAGCAGCCCAGGCAGUGUAGAUUCAGAGCUCAUCUGCAAGAAAGAGCCCAAAGAGAGCCUAGUAGACGGACAUUCAAAGAACGGCUCCGAGGCCUGCCAGUCCCCUGUAACAAACGGCAACAGUCUUGGCAUCAUCACUGAUCACUCACCAGAAAGUCCUUUCAUCAAUCCUCUCAGCGCACUCCAGUCAAUCAUGAACACACACCUGGGUAAGGCGUCCAAACCAGUAAGCCCAGCUGCUGAUCCGCUAUCGAUGCUGUACAAGAUCAGCAACAGCAUGAUGGAUAAGCCAGCUUUCAACCCAACUCCUCAGGGCAAGCCAGCUGAGCCCAUGAACCACUAUCAGUUGUAUGAAACCAACGAUCAGCCCAUAGACCUUAGUAAAAAUAAGUCCACCACUAACACCAACAAUAACAAUAAUAACAGCGGCAGUGUGCUCAUGACCAACAAUAGUAUAAAUGGUAACAAACCCCUUAUUUCCCUCCCUGACUCAGUCUCCUCUCCCCUGAGAGAGAAUGCGCUGAUGGACAUUUCAGAUAUGGUCAAAAACCUCACUGGAAGGCUGACGCCCAAAUCUUCAACUCCCUCCUCCAUCUCAGAGAAGUCGGAUGCCGACGGCAGUGCAUUUGAGGACGCCCUAGAGGAUCUCUCCCCGGUGCAGAAGAGGAAAGGGAGGCAAUCGAACUGGAAUCCCCAGCACCUCCUCAUCCUCCAGGCUCAGUUUGCCUCCAGCCUGAGGGAGACCCCAGAAGGCCGCUACGCCAUGACUGACCUAGGUCCCCAGGAAAGGGUCCACAUAUGUAAGUUCACAGGCCUCUCCAUGACCACCAUAUCCCACUGGCUUGCUAAUGUCAAGUACCAGCUGAGACGGACUGGGGGCACCAAGUUUCUCAAAAACAUGGACUCAUGCCAGCCCGUGUUCCUUUGUGGUGACUGUGCCUCCCAGUUCAGGACUCCCUCCUCCUACAUCGGCCACCUGGAGUCUCACCUGGGCUUCAGCUUGAAGGACCUGUCCAAACUGUCAGCUGAGCACCUACGGGAGCAGCAGGCUGCCUCAAAGGUGAUCACAGACAAAAUGACAUUCGGCAGCCCCCUGUCAGCCUUGACCACGCCGGAGGAUGACACAGGCUCUGUGUACCAGUGCAGACUGUGCAAUCGGACAUUCGUCAGCAAACACGCAGUCAAACUGCACCUCAGCAAGACCCAUGGCAAAUCUCCAGAGGACCACCUGGUGUUUGUCACCGCUUUGGAGAAACUGGAGAAGAUAGACAAGAUGGAGAAAGUUUAAGCGGGGUCUCGAGCUGAGGUUAGAGACUGACAGCUGUGGAACUGAUUAGAAUUUCAUUGCACUAAAUGACAUUGUUCACAGUUACUGCACUGGGCCGAACUGAGCCGCCAGAAAAAAAAUGGUCUUAUUUUUUUUUUGUUGUGAUAACUGCCUGACUGGACCAUGUCUUUUCAUGUUGAUUUGUUUUAAGUUUUGCCAAGCUUUUUUACACUUAUUUUGUAAUAUAUUUAUAUGCUAUUUGUCUGAUCUGUGCAUGUAUUUUAGUGAAUCAAGGUUAAACACGAGAUUUUAAUCUUUUCAUGGCAAAAAUACAACUACUGGUAAAAGUGGUGAGUGGAGAGAGAAUUGAAAUGAGAGAAAAGUGUAUUAUACUUGAUAUGAAGAAGGUGAAAAUUAAAUGUAUACACCAAAAGAAUGAAAGAAUACCCUGAAAGACUGAAGUAGCACCUUAGAGAGAUGAAUUUUGAAUUUGUAAAGAGAACAUGUUUUGAAGUAUCUUUCAAUAGCAUUUGUCAAAAUCUGAUUGAUUUAAAAGAUCAAAGUUUAUCAUUUCCUCCCUCUCCUUUUUUUGGUUUCUGUCACUGCAAUGUUUUGAUGAUGAAUGGCCUGCUAAUAAAACUGUCAGCGUAUUAGAAAAAAGACCAUGUGAACAUUUCAAAAAACUGAAAUGCUGCUUCUGGUUACGAGUCAAUCAGUGAAAAUGAAUGGCCGUCAGUAUGCAAGUUUGCUCAAAGAAACUUUUCCUUGUUGUGAAGUAUCACCUUAUAGCAAUUUUCCAGUUGUAUGGUUUGUUACAACUUUCUCUUUCUAAAUUGUGUCGCUUUAUUCAACUGUAAAGAGAACAGUCCGUUACAUGUAAAUGAUUACCAGUGAAAUGUCAGUACUCCAUAAGACAUAUCUUACCAUUUGAAACGGCUCAACAUUCUUUGUAUCUUAAGGUGUGUGCAUUCUCUAA